AAAGCUCAACGCUGAGGCAAUAAAGAUAAACUGGAGAGGCGAGCCGAUACUCUACGUUAAUGUAACCUGGUCUGGAAUUACACAAAAUAUGGUUCCUUAGUAUAUUUUUUUUGCGUUUAUUAGACAACAUCUUUUGAUAUUUUCCUCUGCUAGGUCAGAGGUAACACGAUGUUUUCUUUUAUCACCUCAUUCAUACCCACCUCCUACUUCAUACCGGAGUGGUUGACUCUAGAUAUCAACCCAGUGGAUAGUUUACUUCAAGGGCUGGUAGGUGCAUGUGGGAUCUCUGUACUAUGCUCCUUACUGAGAGUGCACUUAUUUCUAGAAGAGACGAGCUGGAGUGACAAAAAUGAUAAAGAAUCAAGCAAGAAGACACCUAGUCCUCAAAGGAAACCCAAAGCUGGACUUUCAAGGAUGCUACACUUCCUCCUUGUGACCGGGCUGCUGGCUGUAAUUGGCUCUCGUGUUGCGUCCCUGGUGGUACUAGAAUUUUGUCUUCGAGGAAUCUCUGGAUGGGUCACAGCUGGACCAGAGUCAGGGCAUUUUCUCCAGCAGCUGUUAGUCCAAAGCCAGUUCUCUGUUGGCUGUGCGCUGAGUUGCAGUUUGUACUUCCUCCACGAGGGGGCGGCCCAGCGCUGGCUAUGUUUGCUCCUGGCAGCAGCACUCAGCUGGUUCUUGGCCAGACAGGCCACUCUGCUGCUGCGCCAUGUCCUGGCUCUGUAUACACUCCACAGCUCACAGCGAUACUGCGGCAUCUGCAUCGGGCUCCUGACAUCAGGCCGCUGUCUGCUGCCCAUGCUGUGCAGAGCCAUUAUCAUUACCUUCUCUGUGGCUGUGGUGGCCGCCAUAGCAACCAUUAAUAAGCACUUCCUCUCUGCUUCAGAGGCCCUCAGGUUUUGGACGCCCCUCACCAUCUGCUACACGCUUCUGGUUGUGUACAUGCAGGGGCUAGUAGACCUGCAUGCUGAUACCAGAUGCUAUUUCGAUGACAUAGGAGAGGAGAAGAACCGUUUACCCGGCAGCCAGGCUGUCCUGAACACAGUGGUGGUGCGACUCGGUGGAUUGAUGGUCCUGAUGCUGACUGUUGGACGCUGGGCUGACGUGCUCCAAAUCCUGAUGUGUUUCCUGGGAGAGGCCAGCUGUCUAAUCCCCACCAUGGAUCUGCUGGAUUCAACAACCUCACAGGAUGAAGAGGACUAUACAGACUUUGUUAAAAGGGAGCGUAUAAGAAGACCACAAGCACAAGGGAAGGCCCAUCAGAGCUAGCCGAUCUGGGAUUUUAUACUAUUUUUAUUGGCACAAAUAUGUAAAUCCUAUAAAGGAUAGGGCCUACAUCAAAAUGCAUGCUCUUGUUUUAAUAAUGUCAUAUUUUUUCAUUAAAAGGAUUAUUGUG